AGAUAUGUUAGUACAACUUGGUGCUGAUGUGAACGAAGCUGGGGGCAAGUUUGGGAAUCCUCUACAGGCGGCAUGCUUUGGGGGCCAUGAUGAAGCCGUACAAAAGUUGCUGAACUACGGUGCCGACCCAUACGCAGGUGGCUUGUUCAAAUGCGCAUUCACCGUAGUUUGCAUGGGAAAUAAUUAAGAAGUUGCUUUGUCACUUCUUGAUCUCGCCUUGGUCAUUGCCACGCAGGACGAGUAUGAUCGGAUUCUUAGACGGGCUUCUGAGGCGGGCUUCUGAGGCGGGCUUCGUUGAGGUGAUACGCCAGCUGCAGCAGAAACACGGGCAAGCGCAUCA